AGCCAUGACCAUGCUUCCACUAACACAUAGAGAUCGCGGAAGUUUCGUCUACCGCAUUAAAGAGACACUGAACAGUUGGAAACGUUUAAUAUUCUCGGAUAAAAAUUCUAGGAACUUAUUUCUGUUCCUUAUGUUAAAUUUAAGUUUUGCAUUUGUUGAACUGUUCUACGGCAUAUUGACCAAUAGUUUGGGUCUUAUAUCGGAUUCAUUUCACAUGUUCUUUGACUGUACGGGCUUGUUGGCGGGUCUGGCAGCAUCAGUGAUUACCAAAUGGAAGGCUAAUGAACGUUUCUCUUAUGGCUAUGUGAGAGCAGAAGUAUUGGCUGGUUUUGUUAAUAGCCUGUUUCUAAUAUUUGUAGCAUUCUUUAUAUUGUCCGAGGGCGUAGAACGUCUGAUAGAACCACCAGAAGUUAAGCAUGAACGUCUGUUUGUGGUAUCUGUAUUGGGCUUAUUAGUCAAUUUGGUUGGCAUUUACGCCUUCAAUCAUGGCGGUGGCCAUGGACACUCUCAUGGUGGUGGUGGCCAUGGGCAUUCGCAUGGUGGCGGUGGUCAUGGACAUUCUCAUGGUGGCAGUAGUAGUCAUUUAUUGGAUUCAAAUGGUCAUCAUGCUAUAUCAAUGGAUGAUGGACAUGGCCACUCACAUUCCCAUGGUCAUUCACAUGGCGAUGACCUAUCCGGAAAUGGCAGUAAUUCACAAAUUAUGCGUGGUGUCUUCCUACACAUUUUAGCUGAUACGCUCGGUUCCGUUGGUGUCAUUAUAUCGGCAGUAUUAAUGCAUUUAUUCGGUUGGAUGAUUGCCGAUCCAAUUUGUUCGAUUUUCAUUUCAGUGCUCAUUGUAUUGUCCGUGAUGAGUCUGAUUAAGGAAUCAAUAUAUGUGCUAAUGCAACGUCAACCGGUUGCCUUAGAUCGUCUACUACCUCAGUGCUACCAAAAGGUUACCGGCUUGGCUGGCGUGUAUGCGGUGCAAGAACCACACUUUUGGACGUUAUGCUCCGAUACUUAUGUUGGAGCUAUAAAAUUAGAAGUAUCUAAAAAUAUUGAUCCCAAAUAUGUUGUUACACAUGCUCGUAUGAUUUUCGAAUCAAUCGGUGUUAAACAGGUCUACAUACAACUAGAUUUUGUGUGAUAAUUUUCUAUACCAAUUUGUACAUAAGC